AUGUCGGACGAGAAAUACGACACUACUGAGCAGCGUGAGUACGCGCCGCCGGCUCCAAAGAUGACGGCUGGUCGCUACAUCGCCACGCGUAUUCCAACUCUCAAGCCUGCUCACGAUAAAGUCGCCAACCCGAUCGCCCUACUGCGCUUGCUGAAUCUGCAACAAUGGCUCUUCUUUCUGGUCGCGUUCUUCGCCUGGACCUGGGAUGCCUUUGACUUUUUCACCGUGUCUCUCACUGUCACGGAUCUUGCCGAAACAUUCGGAAAGACCAAGGCCGACAUCACUUGGGGUAUCACGCUGGUGCUCAUGUUGCGCAGUGUGGGUAGUAUCAUCUUUGGUCUGGCGGCGGAUCGCUAUGGCAGAAAAUGGCCUUUCAUCGUCAAUAAUGUGCUCUUUAUCAUCCUCGAGCUUGGUACCGGAUUUUGCUCCACCUACAAUGAGUUCCUAGGAGUGAGAGCUCUGUUCGGCAUUGCCAUGGGUGGAUUGUAUGGUAACGCUGCUGCGACUG